UUUGGUUCCAGUGUUAUAUUUAUAAACACCAACGAGAGGAGUAACCUUGUGAUUUCACUAUCAUCUUUAGCUUUCCCUUUUUCCUUUAAGAAAUUUAUCGGAAAAGGGGCCAAAAAAACAAACUUCAGAUUUCCAAACAAAAAAAAAGAAGAAAGAAGUAAGCAAAGAUGGUAGGGAAAAUAGUGGUUUCAUUGGUAUCUUUGAUUCUUUUAGUAGGUGUAAUUGUAGGAGUUGUAGUUGUUGUACACAAAAAUGGAGAUAACGAUGAUGAUAAAAGCACCAAAGUUCAAAUGAAAAAAGUUGAUGAAUUUUGUCAACCUACAUCAUUUAAGGAUGCAUGUGUACAAAGUCUUGAUAAAGUUGCAUCUAACGAUUCUGCUACAAUUAAAGACUAUAUUAUGGCUGCUUUUGAAUACACCGUACAAGAGAUCAAGAAAUCUUUACAUGAAACUGGAAAAACUAAUGUUAAUAAGGAAAAUGAUCCUUAUAAUCACAUGGCAAUAGAAGAUUGCAAAGUACUAUUGGAAGAUGCAAUUGAAGAACUCGAAUCCACACUUAAAGUGGUUAACGAGAACCAAAUGAAGUCCCUGAAUGACAAAGUCUACGAUAUUCUGAAUUACGUCAGUGCUGUCUACUCUUAUCAGAGCGAGUGUAUAGAUUCCAUUAACAAGCCUGAGUACAAAUCCGCCAUUGAAAAAUACCUCGUCAACUCCACACAAUUGACUAACAAUGCCAUUGACAUUGUAGCUAAGAUUUCAUCUGCUCUCCAAGCCUCGGACUUUCAAAUUCCUGAUGGUCUUUUAAACCGAAAACUUCUUGAAUCAAAUUACCAAAUUGGUCAUGACAAUUACCCUACGUGGUUUCCUGUUGCUGACCGUAAGCUUUUGGCUAGCACCCCGACUCCUCAUGCAAUAGUUGCAAAAGAUGGAAGUGGAAAAUUUAAAACAGUUUCUGAUGCUAUUAAAGCAUACCCUCAAAAACAUCAAGGAAAAUACAUAGUAUAUGUCAAAGCUGGUGUUUAUAACGAACAGGUCCUUGUUGAUAAGACGCAACCGAACGUGUUUAUCUAUGGAGAUGGCGCGGGGAAAACAAUCAUAACUUCAGACAAAAAUGUCGGAAUCUUGAAAUACACCACCAUGAAUUCUGCUACAUUCGGUGUUAACGCACCAGGGUUUGUUGCCAAAGGAAUUACAUUCCGAAACACAGCUGGUCCAAAAGGACAACAAGCCGUGGCACUCAGAAUACAAGGUGAUCAAUCUGCAGUUUUCGACUGCAACAUUGAAGGCUACCAAGACACCUUAUACUAUCAAAACAAACGUCAAUUCUAUCGCAAUUGUGUCAUAUCAGGCACGAUCGAUUUCAUCUUUGGUAGAGGGACGGCUGUAAUCCAAGAUUCCACCAUCAUUUUGAGAAAGCCAGGGGAAGGCCAAAAAUGGAACACAAUCACAGCAGACGGUAGAGAAGUGCAGUCACAACCAACAGGAGUGGCAUUGCAAAAUUGCAAAAUCGUCGCAGAAAAAGAACUCAUCGGUGAUAAAAUCGUCGAGAAUUUCUUAGGACGUCCAUGGAAGGCGUUAUCGACAAAUGUAGUAAUGGAGAGUGAAAUUGGUAGUUUUAUUAAACCAGAAGGAUGGAUGAUAUGGGAUAAAGAACAUUACCAUGAGACAUGUGAAUGUUAUGAAUAUGCUAACAAAGGACCUGGUGCUGCUACUAAUGCAAGGAACAAAGUUUUCAAGAAAUUUAAGGUACUAAACCAACAACAAGCAACUAAAUAUACUGCUGGUGCUGUUUGGUUUCAAGGAAAAGAAUGGUUGCCUGCUACUGGUGCACCUUUUUACCUUGGUCUAGGUGGAAAAUAAUUAGUAAAAGAAUUUUAGUUCUAACAUCUUCCUACUACACCUACUAAUUAAUUUUCAAUCUAUGUGUAUAUAUGCAUAUGAUUCAUUUUGAUUGGAGAAGAAUCUUUAAAUGUUUUUGGACAAAUAUUUCAUUUUUUUGUGAAUGUAAUGCAUAUAAAGACAUUAAAUUAAAUGUGAUUUUGUUGUUCUCCUCCA